ACGUUUCAUUUUCUCAGGUCGUUGAUGUUGAUUUGUUUAGCACAAAACAUGUGACGUAGAUUGGUAGAUUGUAAGGCAGGUUAUGUUUACUGUGAUAAAUAAUAUUUUAUAUUGUUACUUUCAUUUUUAAUUGGUGAUAGCUAUAUCAUAAAAAUAAUUCAAACCAUAAGGAAGUACCAUUUACUCAAUUGGCAUGGCGCCUCAAAAAGGAAAGCAAGGAACUAAAGGUCAGAAACAAAUUGUGGAAGAAAAUGCAGAAACACUGAAAUUUUAUUGGAGAAUGGCAUUAAUAGCAAAUGCUGUAUAUUAUUCACUAGCAUUAACAGUUCUAAGCGACUGCUUCACCUGGAUUAACAUUUUGAUGCUGGUGAUAUCAACAAUCGUAUAUGCUACAAGCUACCAGUUCAUGGGAUAUAUAUCUGUACCCAAGUACACUGCAACAGGUCAACUCAUUGAUGCUGGUGUUGAUCUAAAUAUGGAAGGAGGCCUGUCAGAACAUGUCAAAGACCUGAUCAUCCUUACAUCUGGAGUCCAAGUCCUGUCUUUGUUGUCUAGCUACUUUUGGCUGCUCUGGUUGCUUGCACCAGGACGAGCAGUGCAACUCACAUGGUCCAACUUACUCUCUCCGUACUUCUUCCAGCAAGGGGAACCACAAGAGGUGGACGAGAAGAAACAGCGAAAGAUGGAGAGAAGGAUGAGAAGGGGACUCUGACCCAGGAUAAAAAUGUAACCUUAAAGCCACCUCACUCGGGCUAGAGGCUGGCAGUGGCCGUGGAAUGUUUUAUACUGAUAAACAGGGGUUGUCUUGAAACACUCGAAUUAAAGUGUCUGGUUUUAUAAAAUAGUAAUUUGUGAUAUGUUUACUUAUCUAAGCAUUACUAUUAGCUCAUUCUCUUCCACUGUAUGUUCCACUAAAAUUAAUGCUUAACAUGAAGGAAGCAUAUUUAGAUAAAAGUUCUGUUUUCCGAGUGGUUAUUGAUUCUUGGGUAUUCUGCUUUGAUGUUAGAUAAUGUUAUAUCACCCUCUUUCUGAAAUAUUAUUCUAUAAAAGCUGAAUAAUAUAACAGUAAUAUAGUACAUGCAA